AUGAGCAGUGAGAGGAUGCUAGCCGAGCUUGAGAACGGCACUGACGACUCAGUGGGAAAGCGGGGCUUCGCGGCCGGCCGCUUCCUAAAGAUUGUCUGCAUUGUUUCAGCGGUGUGCCUGGCGGCCGUGGCUUCCUAUGUGUUAUUCUGCGUGGUUGGAGCGUCCACACCGGGACAGGGAAACGGGAGGGCGGUCCUGAGAGAGACGGACGGCUUUCCUCAAGGUAACGGCUUUCCUCACCUCAUUAAGCAGGUGGGAGACGACCCGAGACGGAAAAUCGCUGCUCACCUCACCGCGAAUCCCGACAAGGGCCGGUCCAAGGAGUUGAUUUGGCAGGAUGAUGUUGGCAUUGCCUUCUCGUACGGCAUCGAGUUCUCCAACAACAGCCUUUUGAUCCAGCAGCCCGGCCUAUACUUCAUCUACACCCAAGUGGUCUUCUAUGCCAGGGAGUGCAAUGGGAACACCAUCUUCCUCAGCCAUGACAUGCACAAGCUCUCGCCUUCCUACCCAGAGGAGACAAUCCUCCUGAAAGCCACCAAGUCUGUCUGCCACCAGCAGCGUUACAGUGACCCCUGGUUCAAGACCUCCUACCAGGGUGCCAUCUUCGAACUGGAGGCCGGCGACAGGAUCUUCUCCAGGGUUUCCAAGCAGGUGGUCACAUAUUUGGACACAAAGGAAGGCAAGACCUUCUUUGGAGUGUUUGCUUUGUGAUGGGGUGGAGUUGAGAUGGGCCCCUGAUGCUCAGAUUUUGAGUCCCACAGCGUGCAGGCUUUACCAGGAGAAUUUGCAACUUUGAGGAAAGUAUCUGCACAUGUAUCACAUUAAAUUAACUCAAGGACAUCCAUGCGACACUGGUGGCACAGUGGAUAGAGCGGCUGCUUCGGACUCGAUCCCGACCUCCAGGGUUGCCUGUACGUUCUGCUUGUGCCCUGGUUUCCCGUACCCCGAUGUAAUUGGCCUCUGCAAAUUGCCCUUUCUUUGUGGGUAGAAUCCAGGUUGGUGUAAAUGGAGGUCGUUAGUCAGAACGAACUCGGGGGGCCUUGUGCUCUAUCUCUGGUCUAACCAGGACCCUUUAAACCAACACGUUAGUGAAGGACUCCCUGAGCAUCAGGUACAUAGCAACAAUAGGAUAAUGGGAUAGAAAGAAAACUGACAUAAUCAAGUGGUUGAACAGCCUUGUAGGGCCGAACUGCCUAAUUCUGCUCCUAUGUCAUAUGACCUUAUGGUGUAUAAUCUAGGGAUGCAACAUAACUGGCUCCUGGUGGAAAGUGUAUCCCCUCCAGGGAGAUCCAGGGAGAUCCAGGAGGGAAAUGAGUUAAGGAGAGGAAGUAAGGGAUCGACUGAUGGAGGUAGAGGCUCGCAAGAAAGCUUAAAACUAUGAGCUUACAGCCUCUACUAAAGUGGAGGAUGGUCCCCCAUCAUAGAUAUGAGACUUGGAGCAAUCUCCUUUCAUGCCUUGGAAUUCUCAAAAAAUAAAAUAAGGAAAGAACAAAUCCUUCCCCACCCAUAGGACCGUUAGACCAUAAGACAUAGGGCAGAAUUAGCCAUUCGGCCCAUCAGUUCUGCUCUGCCACUCCAUCAUGGCUGAUUUAUUAUCCCUCUACCAUUGCAGCUUAAAAUUCCCACUCCGGAAUUUCAUCCGGAAGUGUUCACGCUAUGUCUGCGCUGGUUCCCAGACAACCCAAGGAGGAAUGGAAGCCCACCUCCAGGCAGACACUAAGCUCGGAAGUCCAGCACCUUCUAAGUCACCAGCCUGAAUUCAGAGAUAACUGGUACUGUUCUGGGCUGGUAGGGUCGGCAGCUGGCAGACGCUCUUGGAAUGUAUUUAUAGUAAUUUCUCGCACCAAGGGGUGUCACCAUAUUUCAAUUAUUGCUUCACUGAACACGAAUUGAAUGUAAUUUAUGGGAGGAGGUGAGUGGGGAAUUUUUUUUUUAUUUGGUCCACUAAGAAACACCCAGGAAACUAGAGUCUGUUUGGUGAGCAGGAGUCUACACGCUUGAAUGGAACAGAGUAGCAAGCUUGCAAGUGGACAGCUGAUAGAUCAAUUGUGACACAUACACCAGAUGCUGGAGGUUCUCAGCAGGUCAGACAGCAACCACAAAGAGGAAUAAUAAGUCAGCAUUUCAUGAGUUGACUCUUUAUUCCUCUCCGUAGAACCUGUGUGACCUUUUCUCAUUCUGGCUUCUUCCCCCUUCCUUUCCAGUCCUGAUGAAGGGCCGCAGCCCGAAAUGUUAACUGUUUAUUCAUGCUGCCUGACUUGCUGAGCUCCUCCACAUUCUGCAUGUGCUGCUUCAGAGUUUCUACAGAAACUCUUGUGUGUAGAUGAAGUGAAUGUUUCUCUGUCUCGCCCUAUUUUUGCCGUUGCUUCCAUGCAGUUUAGUAACAGUCACUAAUCAAGCCUUCUUUCCCCUCCAUCCCCACUGUAUUGGAAAAAAAACCUUUAUUGCAAGAUCACAUGAUUUGAUUUGCUCCAAUCUCCUGUUCCAAUAUAGAACAUGGAACAGUUCAGCACACGACCUGGUGCUUCAGCCCAGCAAGUUGUGCCCAACUAUUUAACCUGAUGACCCCUUGUAUCUCUGCCUUUUAAACACCUUUGUUGUAUCUGCCUCCACCACCUCGCCAGAUGGCACAUUCGAAGUGCCCACCACACUCUGGGUAAAAAAGACGUCAUUUGAACGCGCCCCCGCACCUUAAAUGCCUGCCCUCCAGUAUUAGGCAUUUGACUCAGGGGAGAAAGAUACCAACUGUCUUCUCUAUCUAUGCCUCUCAUAAUCUUAUAAACUUCUGUCUAUUCAUCCCUCAGCAUACGCCACUCCAGAGAAAGUAACCCAAGAAAGUCCAACCUUUCCUCUCAUCCAGCAACAUCCUGGUAAACGUCUUUUACCCUCUCCAAAGCCUGCACAUCCCUUCUGUAAUGACCAGAAAUGAAUGUUAUAUUCCAGAAGGGGCCUAAUCAAAGUUUUAUACAGAACUGUGCAAAAGCCGUAAGCUCAUGCAUACAGUAUAACCAGUGUGCCCAAGACUUUUGCACAGUACUGUAUUUGUCAACGUGGAGAAGAGAGCGAGUUUGUAGAUCUGGUGGGAGCAAAGGAUAUUGGGAAUGGUGAGGGUGGAGCGCUGUGGGAGGGGUGUGAGACAGGUGCCAGGGAAGGAGUGCCAAGGGCAGGGGGUGGCGUAGGUGCGGACACAUCCAGUCCUGAGACACCAGGCAAAGUCAUUUGAUGCCAAGCAAUUGGUUUAUUGAUCAAUACAGACUGGUGCUUCUGUACUGCAGUGCUGACUCCUCCUUCCCCAUGAUUCCCCUCUCCCUGUCCCCUUUCCAACCAUGAUUCCCCUCUCCCUUCCCCCUUUCCCAACCACGAUUCCCCUCUCCCUUCUCCCUUUCCCAACCAUGAUUCCCCUCUCCCUGCCCCCUUCCCACUCAGUCCACAAUGGAGAACCAUAUCAGAAUCAGGUUUAUCAUCACUCACAUAUGUCAUGAAAUUUUCUUAUUCUUUGAGGCAGCAGGAGUAGAACCCUUAGGCACCCUUGCUAUAUAUAUGUGCCUAAGACUUUUGCAUCUCGGGCAGUCCUAUGUUGAGUUCAACGCUGACUUGGCAACUUCUGCUAUGCUACUUUGCCCAACUGUAUCUGCCUUCCUUUGGACUCACCAGCUGUGUGGAGAGGGGGAGUCUACUGCAAGGGACAACAACUUGCUCUCAAUAUCACACGGCCAACUAGGACCGAUGGAGAGCCUCAGGCAAGAUCUUCAGUGUGGUCACACGCAUCUUUUCCUCUUCAUAAGGCUACAGAUAGCACAGUGGUGUGGCAGGUAGUGGCACUGCCCUGGGUUCAAUCGUGAUCUCCUGUGCCAUCUAGGAAUGAUUGUGUGGGUUUUCCCCUGGUGCUUACAAACCCCAAAAAUGUGGGUAGGGAGGUAAUUUGCCCCUGGUGAGUAGGUGAAUGAUAAAAUCUGGUGUGCAGGUUUGAGCAGGAGAGAACGGAUUGCAAUAUUGAGAAUGUCAUGUGGGCUAGCAUCAGGCUGAUGGGUUAAAUGGCCCCUCUCUCUGUCGGAAGGACAUAAAAAAUGUGAUGUUUUAUGUUAAAA